AACACACAAGACUGUACCAGUCUGUAGAAAAAAGUGCCGUGCUAAGCAAACACAAGAACGUUGUUCCUCGGUACGUCAUAAGGUUGCUAAACGAUUUACUUUUGAAUCUGGUGCUUAAAUAACUGUUUCGUCUACGCUAUUAGUGCGAUACGUGCCAGCACUUAUUGUUUAUCAUUGAACGAUAUAAUAAGGCGUCGCUUAUCAGUUGUAGCUUUCCUCAUUUAAUACCUAGAUCAUUUUUAUCAAACAUGGUGUCGGGUAGUAGUGAACCGCAAACGGAUAUCCAGGAUAUUCUCACGAUUGCAAUAUCUGCAGAAAUAUGGGAACUGUACACUCCACACCCAAAGAUGACUUGCAGUACAUCUCCAAAAACACAAAGGCUCUAAGACAAAGCCUUAGAAAUUCACCUCAAAAUAUAACUAAAGAAAGGAAAGAAUCAUUAAUAAAACAUCUGGCUGAUAAUAGCACUCACGUUUCUCGACUACAUGGAAUUAAACAGGAUAAAAUAGAUACAGUCUUAAAUGAAAUAUCUGAUACUUUGAAGGAAGUUCUGGUUAUCGAACCGAGCGACUUAGACAGCGCAGCUAUUGAGAGCGAUUCCUUUGUUCACGUGCCCAUUUCACGCAGAAAUAGACAGUCCACAGGUUCAUUGAAGUCCCUGUCUCCAAGAAGAACCCAAAACAUUAACAACAGCAGCGCGCCUAGUAUCCGAGAAAUCGAAGCGAAGCUAAUCGACUUGAAAAAUGAAAUCAAAACUGCAAUUAACAACAUGGAUUCUAAACAACUCCGAAUGUACGAAAAGACGUUGAAAAUUAUGGCAUCUGACAUGGAAUCAUUUCACGUCGAAGACGAUACGCCUUUAAAGCAGCGAAAGGACGCUAUUUCCAAGAACAUUACUCGACUUUUUGGUAAAGUGAACAAAGCACUGAACGAAGCUGGAAAAAACAAUAAUUCGCAAAACUUAACCAAACAGGAAGUCAAAGCUAAAUCGAUUCAGGAACUAAACAAUAUUGAAUUGCAACUUGCCGAAAGCGAAUCGCUCUUGGACAAGAUGAUUAAAGAUAAAACUACAUCGAAUUUUGCAUCUGUUCGAAAUAACGUGGCGAAAGCCAACGAAAAACUUACCAAAGUAUAUAUAGUUGACGACGAAGUGAAGGAAAAGUACCGUGCUCUGUACCAAAAAGCAUCGGAAACUCUUAAAACUCUAGACAAUAUUAUGAGCAAGCGAGAAUUCGAAUCGAAAUUAUCAAAAGCUGUAGAAACAUUAGAAAGGAUCGUGAAAAAUUUCAACCUCGACACCAAUACAGAGGAAACCAGGAAGUCUUUAGAUACAUUACAAGAAUCUGUGAACAACAUCACUGAAAUCAACGAAUCUUCCAGAAGAAAGAAACGGGAACUUUUAUCCAGGAUUGCCGGCCACAUCUCAACUAUCGACCAGCUUAGCAAGAAAAGCGAUGACAGCAAAACAAUACAACAGAUUGUCGAGGAAAACGUUGUGCUUAGAAAAAAACUCAAGAGCAGCGAUAAAGAAUACACCGUCAUCGACCAGUUCAUAAAUUACUGGAGCAAUAUAAGAAAUAACUUCGAUUUAAAUGACUAUUCCCGAUUAUCCUUGUUGAGAAUUGAUGAGGUUCUGGAUGAAAUGCAGGCGUCUAUUCACAGCAUGCGAUUAGGGAUAGCGAACAAAUGUGAGACUUAUCCCCCUACGAAGCUAUUUACCAAAUCGCAGUCUGUUCCUAAACUAGAUACGUAUCGUUCUAGCACCGAUAGUUCAGAAAAUAGAAUCAUCAAAACCAAGGUGAGAAUGUUAAACGCUUCAACUCCAGAACUAGUACAAAUUGGUAAACCAGUAGAGACAAGCAGGUUCUCUAAAAUUGAAGAGGUACGAAGAAACGUCUAUUAUAUCAAAGAAAAACUGGAUGACACUCAGAAUCGACAUGCAUUGCGCCGAAAAUUAGAAGAGUAUCUCAAGAGCAUGAAAGAUUACUCAACAGACUCGAAUAAAGGUCUAGCCAAUAACGCUAAUGUCGUCUACAAAGAAAUCAUGGAACUGCUUUAUACGUUACAGCUAAUGGAGUUUAAGGAACGUGUUGAUGAGACUACGAAAAAGUCUAGGGAAUUUAGCGGUAGUAAAUACGAAAAAGGGUUUGACGACAUAAAAGGGGAAAUUGAAGAACUGAACAAUUCAAUAAAAACUUUAAAUAUUCCCGAUCACUACCAGUAUCUCGUUCAAGAAAAAGACCAGCUUCUUGAAGAAUUAUCCCACUCUGUCCAGGCUUUAGAUCACAGACCUGCAUUUUACCAACAGCAGAAUGAACUGGAAGUGAAAGAAAUCAAAGACAAACUGCAAGAAUUAAAUGACAAAGUUAAACGAUUUUCGGGGACUUAUAGAGGAGUGCUAUACAACAGUAUCGAGAGAGACCUUAACAAGCUACUGCUGACCAUUGGCGAUACCGUUGAAGACAAUAGCACAACGGAUCAGAUCAAAAACGAUAUCGAACGACUGCUCAAGAUCCUGGAGCAGAGAUCCUCUUUGGCUCAAAGUUUUAGGACCUCUAAGGUCGACGGUGCCUUGAACGAAGAUCAAGUCGGCUUGAAUAAAAUCAAGACAGAUCUAAUGCAUAUUAAAAAUGACCUUGACCGAACGCCAGAUGAUAAUAUACUUAAUUUUAUCAGGUUACACAGCAGAUUGGAAUUGGUUAGUUUAGAACUGGGCCAGAUUCCGAACAAAGCCAAUGAGCAUGUGGAAAAGGAAAAGGAAAUUUUGAGUAACGAGGUCUCGACGUUAAAAGUUGUGGUCGAUGCUAAGAUUACGCUGGGCCAGCAACCCGUCACUCAAUGGCCAGACAGAGAACUGUCAGUUGAUAAUGUGAGUUAUCCGAAAAAUGAUAUCAAUAAAGAAAUGGAAAAAUUCGAAAAGAAAUUUCAAGCGAUUAAAAACGAAAUUAGGAUUCCUAAUUCGGACGAGGACGUUCUUAAGUAUUACAAAUUAGUUCAAGACAUUAAGAAACUAAAAGAUGAACUUGAAACGUAUCGGCUAAUAAAAAAUACGGAUCUUUAUAUGAGAAAGUUAAGACUAACAGACGAAAUGCAAUACUACACAAGUGCAUUGGAAAAAGAAGCAAAAGCAGCUGAUGAUGUUAUAAAUUUAGAGAAGAAAGUGGAUAACCUAGAAUCUCUUUUAAGAACCAACAAGGAACAGGAUAUGAAGGCCAUGGCUAAGGAACUUCAGGCUAUCCAAAACAAACUCGCCAACCACAAUUUUAAUUUGACCAGCUCUAAUUUCAAUACAAGAAAAACCAGUGUACAACAAAAAACAGAGGAACUGACUCAGCGUCUGAAGGAAAUUGAAAACGAAGAGCAAAAGAAUAAAUCAUUGGAUGAAGCCGAAAAGAAAAUAGCAGAAAUUGAAAAAAAGGUGGAAGCUUUAAGACCAGAAGUUGCAAGAUUCGUAGGAGUGCAGUCUGACGCUAAGUUUUAUGAACUUGACGAGACGACGAUGAGAUUGGUUUUGGUUCUGGACAAACUAGAAGUAGAAAAUAUCGAAUUACGAAAAAGAAAAGUUAAAUUGCUUGCAGAACUGCAUAAGUUUGGCGAAAUACUCGACAACAAAGCUCAACAAACCGAAGAACUUGUUGAAAUCGAAGACUUAUUAAAGAAAAUAUCCGAAGAAAUAACUCAAGUCAUACCCAACGACAAGAAGAACAUCGAAACAAUCAAAAAAUAUUUGAAAAAUAUAAAAAUUAAACUAAAAACCUUAAAGGUGGAUAAUGAAUUGUCGGAGAGACUUAACAAAUGUGUGCAUGAAUAUAAAUCGCUAUCUAAAACUCUUGCAUCAUUGGAAAGUUCGAAGAUAGAUUAUUUUCCAAGAACUAGUUCUAGUUCUGCAUCUUCCAUCGACUACGUGACGACAAUCGGAGGGUAUGCCAGCAAGCCUUAUUCAUAUGUCGUGAAGAAAGCAAAGCAGGGUGCUCAUUUUGCCGGUGAGAAAAUGCGAGAUAUAACUGAGACUCUCGUACCACCCAAACUACCCAAUAGCAAUCCUCCGACGUUAGAAAAAGGCCAGAAUCGUUUGUCUAAAAUCGAAACAGAACUAAACAGAUUAGAAUCAUCGUAUCUAAAUCCACACGAAGAUGCAAAGUUAGAAGAAAUGGACGAUUUGUUGAACAGAUACACUACCCAACUCAAUUCUAUGAUCUACCCGAAAGGAUCCGCGGAAUUCAUGAAAAAGCAAGUCCUUUUCGAAAAAAUUGAAGCCAUAUCCAGCAGUAUAGAGAAACGGACAGGGGACGAAUAUAAGUUAACCCAAAUAGAGAAUGAACUUAAUAUUUUGGGACACCAUAUAACUGGCGAUUUGAGCAUCGAGCAAAUUGAUCAGGUCGACCAAGAGCUUAUUCGAUUGCAGAUAGAUUUGAACAAAAUCGGUAACAAAGCAUUCAAGUCUAAAUUCGAUGCUUGUAUGGUGCGUUUAGUAUAUUAUUUUCAGAACAUUUCAGACAUGAAAAAAUCUAAAUCCUUACAAUAAGAAUGUUUUAUAUUUUUUAAUUUUUUUAUUGUGUUCAUAACUGUAUUUUUUCGUUCAGUUCUUAGGUUAGAAAGUUACUAUAAAACAUAUUAUUUCACUCCUAUGUUACAAUUUUAUAUUUUUUCUUCUUAUUUUGAAAAAUACAACUUUAGAAAUCAAA